AUGGCAGAAGAAAAGUUGACCAAGAAGCAAAGAAAGGCUUUAGAAUUCCGUAAGAGUAAGGAAGAAACUGAAGCGCUCAAAAAGGAAAAGGAAGAGACUAAGAAGGUGAGGAAGGAAGAAAAGAGAGAUGACAAGAAAGACGAGAAGAAGGAUUCCAAGAAGAGAAAGAUAGAGGAAGUGAGUUCCAGCGUGGACGCUCCAGAAACUGCCGCCGAGGGUUCCGAAGAUGCUCCUAAGAAACGUAAGACUAGAAGAGGCAAGAAAGGUAAAGGUGUCAACGGCGGAAAGGGGCCCAGGUUCAUCUUGUUCGUUGGAAACUUGCCAUACGAUAUUACCCAGGAGGAGAUCUUGGGCCACUUCAAGAGUUCCAAGCCAGACAGAGUCAGAAUAAGACAAGACAAGGGCAUAGCGUUCUUGGAAUUCGAUAACGAUACCCAAGAGAUCCAAAGUAAGAUGGAAUUGGCUUUAAGAUUGCACCACUCGACGUUGAAGUUCAGAAAGAUUAACGUUGAGUUGACUGUAGGCGGUGGUGGUAACUCUGAGAACAGAAAGACAAAGUUGAAGGACAAGAAUGAAAAGUUGUUGGAAGAGAGAAGAACCAGAAUCAAGGAGGAGAGUAUCAAGAACAGGAAAAAGGAAAACAACAGUGGAUCCAUCCAUCCAUCCAGAGCAGCAUUGAUCAACUAG